AAAACUGUUUUUAAAAACGGAGAAAACUGGUUUGAAAUCUUUGCACUUCGAAAAAGCUUCUAGGAUCCAUUUUGCUUUCCACCUGCCAAUGCCAACUGUCAACAACUUGUCAUUUCGCAUUUGUGAAUUUUUGGUAAAAAUUCGCUAUGUGUCUACAAAAUAUUAAAAUUUUGUUGUAAAUAGAUGUUUUCUUUUUGAAAUAUUUGUAUUUUGUGAAUCAGUCAUAAAAACGGAUUGCAAAUGUCAAUAUGUCAGGAUCUCGGCCUUAACUUCCAACAGAGAAUGGGCGCAAAUAUAUCGCAACUGGAAAGAGACAUUGGCUCAGAACAAUUCCCACCCAAUGAACAUUACUUUGGAUUAGUCAAUUUUGGCAACACUUGUUACAGCAACUCAGUGUUGCAAGCGUUAUACUUCUGUCGCCCAUUCCGAGAGAAAGUUCUAGAAUACAAAGCCAAGAACAAGAGGACAAAGGAAACACUGCUAACAUGCCUGGCGGACCUGUUUUAUAGCAUUGCUACUCAGAAGAAAAAAGUCGGAUCCAUUGCACCUAAAAAGUUCAUAGCCAGAUUGAGGAAGGAAAAAGAGGAAUUCGAUAACUACAUGCAACAAGAUGCCCAUGAGUUCCUGAAUUUUUUGAUUAACCACAUUAAUGAGAUUAUCUUGGCCGAGCGCAACCAAAGCACCCUGAAGAUCCAGAAGAAUGGCCCCGGUGAGAACGUGACGUGCAACGGCGGCGGCGGCGGCGGCGGCGCGGCGCCUGCAAGCACCGAGCCGACGUGGGUGCACGAGAUCUUCCAGGGCACGCUUACCAGCGAAACGCGUUGCCUCAACUGUGAGACUGUCAGCAGCAAGGAUGAGCACUUCUUUGAUCUGCAGGUAGACGUAGGCCAGAACACCAGCAUCACACACUGCCUGAAAUGCUUCAGCGACACAGAGACCCUCUGUAGCGACAACAAGUUCAAAUGCGACCACUGCAGCAGCUACCAGGAGGCACAGAAGAGAAUGAGGGUCAAGAAACUGCCCCUGAUACUGGCACUGCAUCUGAAGAGAUUUAAAUAUAUGGAGCAGUAUAACAGACAUAUUAAGGUGUCGCACAGGGUCGUGUUUCCGCUGGAGUUGAGGCUGUUUAAUACGUCGGACGACGCGGUGAACCCAGACCGGCUGUACGACCUGGUGGCGGUGGUGGUGCACUGCGGCUCCGGGCCCAACCGCGGCCACUACAUCAGCAUCGUCAAGAGCCACGGCCUGUGGCUGCUCUUCGACGACGACAUGGUCGAUAAAAUCGAUGCAUCUGCGAUAGAAGACUUCUACGGCCUAACGUCCGAUAUACAAAAGUCGUCCGAAACGGGAUACAUAUUGUUCUAUCAAUCAAGGGACGCUAGUUGUUAAGUUUAUGCAAUUCAAUUAUAGUAUUUAUAUAUUUAAGAUAGUCAAAUGUGAUGAUAAAUCAUGUUAAUACUAGAAUGCCAAGUUGAAGUUACGGCAUUUAAAGAUAUUAUUUAAUUCCAAACAUAAAAUAUUUUACUUCAUCUUUUAGUGUUUCUUCAUUGUAAAUAUCUUUCAUUUCAUAAUAAAAUGUUGCAAUCUUUUCCUGGUUUA